AUGGCACCUGUCCGCGCACUGAUCGCGGUCACUAUGGUCGCGGUUCUCCUCGGAUCUGCGACGUCAGCCGGCCUCAACGACACCAUUUACGCAGUGACCGUCAGCUCCCACGUGACCGGGGGGAACCAGGAGACUCUGUGUGCCCAGGUCCGCAGCCCCACUGAGGACAUGACACUGGUCAUCAGCCUGUCUGUGGACUCCACAGACCAAGUCAUCUUAGAGCAGCCUCUCAAAGGCGACUUCUACCGCUGCGUAACAUUUCAGGUUCCCACAGUGCGAUCCUCAACGGUGGCGACCGUUCAGGCGGCAAUUCGAGUCGGGAGCGAGGAGAAAAACCGAAUCAGCAAGAAGACCAAAAUCAUGAUCAAGCCUCCCGCUUUCAUCCACGUCGUCCAAACCGACAAACCAAUCUACAAGCCUGGACAAACUGUACAAUUCCGGAUCGUGUCAAUGGAUACCAGUUUCAUCCCCGUAGACCGUGUGUACAAAGAAGUGGCACUCCAGGAUCCCAAUUCAAAUCGCAUAGCACAGUGGCUGAAUAAGGCCAUCGUUGGCGGCAUACUUGACCUUUCACACCCCAUCAUUCCUGAGGCUCCUCAGGGGACCUACACGAUCACAGCCUUAACGGACAAAGAAGAGCAAAUAUCCCACACCUUCGAAAUCAAGGAAUAUGUUUUGCCUAAAUAUGAAGUAAAGGUUCAAUUGCCUGAUGUGAUAACCAUCCUGGAUAAGGAGGUCACCGUGAGGAUUUGUGCAAAAUACACGUAUGGGAAACCAGUUCUUGGCUCGGUAAAAGCCACUUUUUGCAGAAUUGCCACCGCUUCCUUCUGGUACAUCCGGCAAGGAGAAGAGACCAAGUGCAGGACGUUCGAACUGAAGACGGACAAAAGUGGAUGUGCCACACAAAAUGUGGUCAUGGAGGAGUUUAUCAGCAAAAUCAACAUGCAUGUUCACAGCUUUGAGGUCACUGCUGAAGUGGAGGAGUAUGGCACAGGGGUCACUCUUAGCGGCAGUGGGAGGGCAAGCUACAGCAAUCAGAUCCGAACGCUGACUUUUGAAGAUACGCCGGCAGCAUACAAGCCUGGGAUCCCUUUUGAAGGAAAGGUCAAAAUGGUUGGUGCAGACAACAGGCCUGUUGCCAAUGAGGCAGUCUACUUGUCCGUUGGAGUCUCCGCACCAAUAUUGCUCACAACAGAUCUGAAAGGCAUCGCUCCGUUUUCUCUGGACACGUCUGCCUGGAAAAACUCUGCGAAUCUGAUGGCAAACUCUAGGAAUUCGACGAACGUCAGACCAAGUGGAGUUUCUGAAUUGAGGGUUGAGUACGGGGUUGCGUACCACUAUGUCAAAGAGUUCUACUCCAAGAGCAGAAGUUUCCUGAAGCUCAUGCAGGUCGGUGAGAGCUUGUCCUGCAACAAGGACGCGUCCCUGCGGGCUCAGUACAUCAUCCAGGGCGAGGAGCUGAAGGAGGGACAGGCGGUCCUCGACUUCUUUUACCUGGUGCUGUCCAAAGGCGCAAUUGUUCAACACGGUCGUGUCCCAGUGGCUGUCAAAGCAGGAACAGUUAAUAAAGGAGAGCUGACCGUGCCUCUCGGCCAGGUGAUGGACCUGGCACCAGUGGCCCAGGUGGUGGUUUACACUGUGAUGCCCGGUGGAGAGGCUGUGGCCGACAGCCAGGACUUCCCCAUCCAGCUGUGCCUGAAAAACAAGGUGUCCCUCAAGUUCUCCUCCGUGCAGGAGCUUCCGGCCGGACAGACCACGCUGAAUCUACAGGCCCAGCCGAGCUCCUUGUGCUCGGUCCGAGCCAUCGACCAGAGCGUCCUCCUGCUCCAGGCCGAGGAGGAGCUCACCGUGGACUAUGUGUACCGCCAGCUGCCCAUCCAGAAGCUGUCUGGGUACUUCUAUGAGGUUGAGGACCCUGAGCCUCACCCUUGCUUCCCCAGGCCACUGCCGUGGCCUGGAAUACCUGAACCUGAACUGGAACUAGCACCAGAACCGGAACUAGAACCAGAACCAGAACCAGAACCAGUAGUGGAAGUGCGACUGGAACCUGAACCCACAAAAGCGCCGGACACCGAUUCUCCACUGCCCGGUCGGCAAAAGCGCUCGCUGUACUUCGGACCAUCGCGAGAGAGGGAUGACGUGUACAGCGUCUUUGAAAACAUCGGAGUCAAACUUCUGACAAACUCUGACGUGAGAAGACCAUCUGACUGCAGCUAUUUUAGAAGAGAUUUAGUUCUUUCAGAAGCAGAUGGAGACGUAGAGUCCCUUGUUCCAAUGGCUGUCAACAUGAUGCCACAGAGCCCAGGUGGUAUGAUGAGAGGUAAAGAGGAGGAGAAAAAGGAGACGAUCAGAACAUUCUUCCCUGAGACCUGGAUCUGGGACCUAGUUACUGUGGGCGCCAACGGAUCAGUGGAUAUGAAGAAGACGGUCCCCGACACUAUCACCAAGUGGGCAGCUGGAGCUUUCUGUGUCUCCUCUGUAGGCUUCGGUGUGUCCCCCAACAUCGGGCUGACCGCCUUCCAGCCAUUCUUUGUCAGUCUCACCCUGCCCUACUCUGUCAUCAGAGGGGAGGUGUUCACACUCAAAGCCACUGUCUUUAACUACCAGUCCAAAUGCAUUAUGGUGAAGGUAACCCUGGCCACCUCGGACCAGUACACCUUCAGAAACUGCCACGACUGCCAGUACACGGUGUGUGUGUGCGGAGAAGAGAGCAGGACCUUCUCGUGGAUCGUGACUCCGACCGCUUUAGGGACUCUGAGUGUCAAGGUCAGCGCGGAGGCCCUGAAAACCACCGAACUGUGCGGUAACGAUGUGGUGACCGUCCCCGAUGUGGGCCAGAUCGACACGGUCAUCCGCACCCUGCUGGUGGAGCCUGAAGGAACUCCUCAGAUGGUCAGCCACAACGCUCUGCUGUGUCCUGCAGAGGGACCUUUGGAAAAGAAAAUCUCCUUGCUGCUGCCUGAAAUAUUCGUGGCCGGAUCAGCCAGAGCGUCCGUCUCCGUUCUGGGUGACCUGAUGGGCCGAGCUAUGCAGAACAUAGACAAGCUCCUGGCCAUGCCGUACGGCUGUGGGGAGCAAAACAUGGUGCUGUUCGCUCCCAACAUCUUCAUCCUCAACUAUCUGAACAGCACCGGUCAGCUGACCCAGAGAAUUCUUGAUAAGGCGACGCGUUUCCUGGAGAGCGGCUAUCAGAGGGAGCUCACCUACAAACACGACGACGGCUCCUACAGCGCCUUUGGGAAUCAGGACGAGUCCGGAAACACUUGGCUGACCGCCUUUGUGAUGAAGUCCUUUGGAGGUGCGAGGCCGUACAUCUACGUGGAUGUGCAGCACAUUAACGAUGCCUGGAUGUGGCUUUCUAAAUAUCAAAGGGCCGAUGGCUGCAUCAGUUCCGUGGGGAAGCUCUUCCACAAUGGGAUGAAGGGAGGAGUAAGUGACGACGUGUCCCUGACGGCCUACAUCGCCGCUGCCAAGCUGGAACUGGACGGAGAUGCCACGGAUCCCGUGGUGCAGAACUGCCUGAGGUGUCUGAAGCAAAGCGGGGUCGCUCAAAUGGACAAUCUCUACACGACCUCCCUGCUCUUUUACACUUUCUCUCUGGCCGGAGACGAGGAGAUGAGGAGCAAGCUCAUUACCUUCCUGAACCAGAAGUCCAUCACAGAGGGAGGCACCCGCCACUGGAAGAGGCAAGGGGCAUCUGAUAAAGGUCUGGACUCUCUGGAGGUGGAGAUGACCUCCUACGUCCUGCUGGGGCUGCUCCACCAGCCCUCUCUGGAGGGUUUCGGUUUGGACUACUCCGUCGGCAUUGUCCGCUGGCUCACGCAGCAGCAGAACCCGUACGGUGGUUUCUCCUCCACCCAGGAUACCGUGGUGGCCCUCCAGGCCCUGGCCAAAUACGGUGCUGCCACCUACAGCCCCGAGGGCAGCACCGCCGUGACGGUGACCUCUUUGGGAGGCCUGAACGUCCAGUUCACGGUCAACCAGGACAACAGGCUGCUGUACCAGGAGAAGAAGCUGACCGAGAUCCCCGGGGAGUACACCAUCAAAGCCGAAGGACAGAGCUGCGUCAUGGCUCAGAUCUCCAUGCACGUCAACAUCCCGCCUCCUGCCGACUUCUCCGCCUUCAACGUCUCCACCAGCACCAUGGCCAAAUGCGCCGACAAACCGCCUCAGCUCAUCCUCUUCGUGCACGUCAGGUAUCAGGGCAGGAGGACGGAAACCAACAUGGUGAUCGUCAACAUCAAGCUGCUGUCCGGCCACAUUCUGGAUAAAAGCUCCCUGAAGCUGCUGCAAAGUGACAAGUCUGUCAAACGGGUGGAUGUGGAUGAAGGCUACAUUAACAUCUACCUGGAUGAGCUGAAAAAAGGAGAAACCCGGAUCUACAGCGUGACUCUGGAGGAAGACCAGCAGGUCCGAAACCUGAAACCGGCCGUGGUCAAAGUCUACGACUACUACCAGACAAGUGACGAGGCGGUCACCGAUUACACGUCCCCCUGUGCAGAGAGCGAUGCUACCAACACGGUGUAA